UCCAGAUUGCUGUGCUAUGCUUUGUAUGACCAAGACCUCUUACCAAGAAUACCUUUGCUUUGAUACUUGAGGACAAUCAGACCAUAAAGACACAAACUACUAAGGAGUGCUAAAGUGGCAAUGAAACAGCCCAAUAGGAAGAGGAAGCUUAGUAUGGAUUCCAAAGAGAAUGUGAAUCAGGAUGGAAGCUUGGAACAAGCUGAAGAAGGAAAGCCCAGGGAUGGGGCAGCUCCUCUGAGUCAUGUCCCUUCAGCGGCUGCACAGGACACGUGGUCUUGGGGGCAGUACUUGAAAGAACAGAAGGCUGUAGCAGCACCCGUUGAACUGUUUUCCCAGGACCAAUCCUUUCCAGAAUACGAAAAUGGUUUUCAGGUUGGAAUGAGAUUAGAAGGCAUUGACCCCCGACAUCCAUCUGUAUUUUGUGUACUUUCUGUAGCUGAGGUGUGUGGUUACCGUCUAAGGCUUCAUUUUGAUGGUUAUUUAAGCUGCUACGAUUUUUGGACCAAUGCUGGUUCCCCUGACAUUCAUCCAAUAGGGUGGUGUGGAAAGACCAAACACGAAUUGCAUAUCCCUAAGGGUUAUAGAAAAGAUAAAUUUGUUUGGAUGAAUUAUUUGAAGGCCUGCAAAUUCCAAAAUGCUCCUAAGAAAUUAUUCAGAAACAGAAGUUCUAAUGGGCCAGUGCCUAAAGAAUUUCAGGUGGGAAUGAAGCUGGAGGCUGUCGACAGGAAGAACCCUUCACUGGUGUGUGUGGCAACCAUAGCAGAUAUUGUUGAAGACCGUUUGCUAGUGCAUUUUGACAAUUGGGAUGAUAGUUACGACUACUGGUGUGAUGUAAAUAGUCCCUACGUCCAGCCUGUUGGUUGGUGUCAGGAGAAUGGAAGAACUCUGAUAGCACCCCAAGGUUAUCCUGAUCCAGAAAAUUUUUCCUGGACAGAAUAUCUGGAAGCUACUCAAACUAGUGCAGUUCCUGCCAAAGUAUUUAAAAUGCGGUCGCCUCAUGGUUUUCUGCCAAAUAUGAAACUUGAAGUUGUGGAUAAACGAAACCCCAGGUUAAUUCGAGUUGCUACGAUUAUAGCUGUUGAUGACCAAAGACUAAAGGUCCAUUUUGAUGGCUGGGACCACAAAUACGACUAUUGGAUGGAUGUAGACAGCCCUGACAUUCACCCAAUUGGAUGGUGUGACGUAACAGGGCAUCCACUAGAAGUGCCAUAUCGAGCAAACGAUGUGAAAAUCCUGCCAGGCCAAGCUGUCUGUCCUACUCCAGGCUGCCGAGGAAUAGGCCAUAUCCGGGGCCCACGGUAUUCAGGACAUCACAGUGCUUUUGGCUGCCCAUAUUCGGAGAUGAACUUGAAAAAGGAGACAACACUCCAUGAAUGUGUGAGAGAACAAACACAAGCAAAUUUGGAAUCAGACUCUUCACAUUUAAAAUUGAAAAAUCUCUGUAAUUUGAACUUCAACAGAAAACAUGAAAAGGUGAACAGUCAUCCCAGACAUGUACAGCAGGCAAAGUGUUUGAAAAUCAAAGAAAAAGAAGAUAAUGACUUGGAUAAUCUCUUCAGAGCUCACUCGGUGGAGCAUACGCAGCGGGCCCUGCACCAGUCCAUCUUCAUGACGUCCGUGUCCACCCACCCUUUCCGGGACCUCCCCCUGGGCAGGGAGCAACACCGCAAGCUGCUUCCAGGAGUGGCCAACAUCCGGGCCGGCGAGGUGGCCCGAUGGACCGUGGACCAGGUGACUGAGUUCGUGCAGUCUCUGCUGGGCGGUGAAGAGCAUGCAAAGUGCUUCAAGAAAGAGCAGAUCGACGGCAAAGCCUUCCUGCUCCUGACGCAGACGGACAUCGUCAAGGUGAUGAAGAUCAAACUGGGCCCGGCGCUGAAGAUUUACCAUUCUGUCCUCAUGUUCAGGAAUUCCCAGGACCUCACUGAAGAAGAUGCUGUCUCAGGCCCAGAAGUCAGGGGCUAAACGCACCACCCUGAGCUGCCGCCGCACUGUGACCUGGAUCUUUCAGCAAUAAGGUCGGCCCACACUGAUUUGAUUUUAAUGUCCCCACGGUCAUAUCCAUAUUUAAUCUGGACCUUUUCAAUGGCUGCGGCUUAUGCGUGUAGAGGGUUUUGAUGACUGGCCAGUGCGGUGACACAGAGGCCCAGGUCUGUGAAUGUCUUUACCUUCAGCAGGUCCUUUCAGCUCUGAUGUGUUGCCCCAAACAGACCAA